UCCCCCAAGUUUUGCUUUCGGUUGCGGUCCACUUUCAAAAAAACAAAUUGUUCACUGCGUCAGUGUAGUUCCUUGCACUCUACCAUUGAAGGAAACAAGAUUUGUGAAGGGGAAGUCAGACUGAAGCAAUCUUACGAUUUCUUCGCGAUAACUGGGUCUCAUGGCUUUUGCUAUAUGCAUCAGUUUCCAAGACAACAUCGCUCCUCCCACCGGUGAUGAAGUUUACAUCAAAUACGUGGAAUUUAAUGGCGAAGACGAAACACAAUACGAGAAGGGGAUUAAAAAACUCGAUAAAACCCUUCUGUUUGAACACAUGAGGCAGAAGGACCCAUCGUUUCCCGAGAAGCUGAUAGCCGUCUCUUUCAACACAAAACUGACGGAAAAAAAUAAGAAAAAGACCUUCUGCGAGGAUGUCUUGAGGCGAGGCUUAUAUUGUGAUGGCAGUAACCGUGGUUCGUAUCAUUUCCUUGGACAUUCCGACAGCCACCUCUGGGAGAGAAAGUGCUACUUUAUGAACGCCUCAGAUACUGAAAUUCACGAUCUCCUCGCACGGUUUGGCGAUUUCGCUAAUACAACAAAUGUUCGAAAACGCGCUAGUGAAAUUGGCUCGUUAUUCGUUCCAUUUGAACACUUAGUGAAGCUUAGUGAGCAUGAUAUUGGAGAAGAGCCUGAUGUGAAAGGCAGAUUCUUUGAAAAGAUGCCUCGCCCUUUCACUAACGGUCGUGGUUUCAUGUCUCCGGGAUUCACCCUCAAGGUGCGACCCAAGCUUGGCGUGGAUCACCCUGCACCUAGUACCCUUCAAGUGAGCAACCAAGGCCUUCAGGGUAUUUUGGUAGUUCGAGAAACUCUAAUGAACGUUCCCCUAGUCCAAUUCCGCAAGUCCAUGCGCUUGUUUUCCACUCCCAGCAAGAAGGACGGCGAGGCAAUUCCUUUCAUUGGAAUUGUUGAUCAUUCCGCUUCUGACGUGAACGGCUACCUUGAUUCUCGAUUGGUCAUGUUUCUGGCAAUCAGAGGUGUGUCGAUGAACUAUCUCAGGUCACUGCAGAAUGGCUAUUUGACUCUAUUGAAGAGUAUGUGUACAAACUCAGCGUCUGGCAAUUAUUUCUGCCAACUUACUGGACGAAAGGCAACAACCGAAAGAGAAGUUUUGGCCAGUCUGCAACGAGGUGAAGUAGAGAAGAUGCUUGCUCAGUCUUUCGAGAAUGCAAAUAAUGGCGAACCACAAAGACGUCGCGCAGUACGUACAAGAAUUUUGGUACCCAAAGCGAGAGUGGUGUUCGGGGUUGGUGACCCUUAUGGGAAGCUUAAGAAAGGAGAGUGUUACUUCAAGCCGACCCUGCAAAAUGACGAAGAAUUUGAAGAGCUCGUGGUUUGCCCUGACCCCUGCUAUCAUCCUGGAGACAUACAAGUGUUGAAGCUAAGCCAAGAGAGGCUGGACUAUGAGAAUCUCAAGGACUGCCUCGUGCUACCCGUAAACCACCGACACGCGUUUGAAAAUUCUGGUGCAAGUAAGUUUUUCGUCAGCUGGGAUCAAGACCUGAUUCCAAAGCAGAAAAGAGAUACACCCUGUCGCUAUCAGUCAAAACGGUUCGAAGACGUCACAACCACUGUUAUAAGCUGGUUUCAAAGAAUAUUCCAUGUUCUUAAGAAAAAGAAGAAAUAUCGAGAUGAAAUGAUUCACUACUUUGCCUUUUUUGAGGAAGACUUACCUCGAAGGAUUGGCGAUGUUUACAUGAAGUUUGCAGAGACGCAUGGCCCAUAUUCUAAAGAAUGUACAAAGCUUAGCAAGAUGAACCAUCAGGCUGCAAACUUGAUGGCAAACAGUGAUGAUUUGUCGAAAGAGCUGGAAAGGUUGGAAACCUUGCUACAACCAAGACCCCCUGCUUCUGUUAACUAUCAUUCAGCGGAGCGAUCACCUCUUUUAGGAGGAGGAGGAGAAGAAGACGUCGAUGAUGUGCACAAAGACUCUGCCGUUUCAAUCACCACCCGAAUACGUAGUUCCUUGCCUGGUUACCAAGGGAAGCCAGCGUCGCCCCAAGUUUGGAAAGAAUUUGACAGGGAAUCAGAAAAGUUCGUCAAAGAAUUUUACGAAAAUAGCCGCAUUUAGCACAAGAACUACUUUAGUCUGCGAUCAAUGCAGACACUUUCCAGUCUCAGUGCUGUGACUGAUUUGUCUUAAUGAAACUAUACAUUCGUUUUGAUUUGGGUUGUUGCACUCACUGGCUAUGAGUUCAGUGCAUAAGUUUUCUCUUUUUGAACUUGAGACGAUUAGGUGACAAGGAUAACUCAGCUUAAAGAGUUAUUGACCCCUUUUAAAGAGCUUACAUCAAGAAAAAUCUUUGAAUGUGUUUCAAGUCUGAUGAAAUAGUCAUUCGUCCUAAAGAGAACUCGUAACAAGUCUGUACUCAACUUUGACUGCCAGAAGUUCGUAAACGAGAAUCCUUGAGUUGGUUGUGUUUUUGUCGAAACUAAAAGUUGUUUAAAUGUUGCGUAACAAUUGUUACAAAAUGCAUUGUGAUGGGUGAAAAUGAUAUAAACAGAAGCGAUGAAGAGCUAACAAAACAAUAGAUGAAUAAGUUUUUUUGUUCCGCUUACAAAAAUGUCAAAACGAGACUAACUGCAGCAAAGCCUAUUUUUUUAAAAAAACUUUUUGGCUCUGCUUUUUGCUCUGCUUUGUAGAGUAACGUGAAUACUGUGUUAUUUCAAAUUAUGUAAUGAAGGUAACUAAAGUGGCUCAUUUUUAAUGUUAAAUAUAGUAAGCCCACGAGUAGCAGUGCUUUGUUAGUCCCCAUGUAAGGUACAUAUUUGUUCCAAAAUGAAAUGAAAUGUACUAAAUGUCUCGUUGCAAUGUACAUUAUAGACAAAUGUAAAAGAGUGGUAAAUGUAGUUGUAUGUAACGGUUGAAGUUAGGGACUAGUCAUUAUCAAGCGAAUGUAAACUAUUAUAUCAUUAAGUAUUCGAAUGGUGAGACAAACACUUAUAAAUUUGUUACGAUA